AUGACGGGCAAAGCGGGCGCGGCGCUGGCCCCCAGCCUGCCCGGCAAGCCCAAGCCCGACGGCGCGGCCGCCGCCGCCCCGCCACCGCCUCCGCCGCCCCCCGCGGCAGGGGUCAAGCCCAGCUCCGGGCCCACCCCUCCCCGUUGCACCGGUUUCGGUAUCCAGGAGAUCCUGGGCUUGAACAAGGAGCCGCCGUCGCACCCUCGGGCCGCCCUGGACUCUCUGCCCGCCGGGCACCUGCUGGCGGCCCGCUCUGUGCUCAGCCCCGCCGGGGUGGGCGGCGUGGGCAUGGGGCUACUGGGGGCCGGCGGCAUCCCUGGCUUUUACACUCAGCCCACCUUCCUGGAGGUGCUCUCCGACCCCCAGAGCGUCCACCUGCAGCCCCUGGCCCGGGCUCCCGGGCAGCUGGACAGCAGCCAGACGGCCAGCUCAGAUUCCGAGGAUGUCUCCUCCAGCGACCGAAAAAUGUCCAAAUCUUCCCUAAACCAGAGCAAGAAACGAAAGAAGAGGCGGCACAGGACAAUCUUCACAUCCUACCAACUGGAGGAACUGGAAAAGGCCUUCAAUGAGGCCCACUAUCCUGACGUAUAUGCUAGAGAGAUGUUGGCCAUGAAAACAGAGUUGCCAGAAGACAGGAUACAGGUUUGGUUCCAGAACCGCCGGGCCAAAUGGCGGAAGAGGGAGAAAUGCUGGGGCAGGAGCAGUGUGAUGGCUGAGUAUGGGCUCUACGGUGCCAUGGUGCGUCACUCCAUCCCACUGCCCGAGUCCAUCCUCAAGUCUGCCAAGGAUGGCAUCAUGGAGUCCUGUGCCCCUUGGCUCCUGGGGAUGCACAAAAAGUCUCUGGAGGCAGCGGCUGAAGCGGGGAGGAAGACAGAGGUGGAGCGCCAGGCCCUGCCCAAGCUUGACAAAGGUGACAAGGAAGAGAGGGGUCCGGAUCCCAAAACCACCAUUUCUCAGGAGGAACUGAGAGAAAACAGCAUUGCCGCCCUCAGGGCCAAAGCUCAGGAGCACAGCACCAAAGUCCUGGGGACCAUUGCUGGGGACACCCCAGCCCCAGGCAGGAAGCCGGAGACAGGGGAGGAGAUGGCAGUGGCAGAGGAUGAGAGACAGACGGAGAAGUUGAACUCGUCGCAGAAGGAGGAGAAGCUGAUCUAGGGGGAAGAAAGGCGGUGGAAGCCAGCCCCGACAGACACUCUGUCCUCUGGGGACCACAU